CCUGACGCGGAUGCUGCGGGCUUCGCCAGUGCCCCGACAACGACAGACGGCGCUCCAGAAGGUGACGGCGCUCUUCUGCGCAUGCGUGUCACUCGUGUCCGAGAACCGUUCCGAAGGCGCCGACCUGUGGGCCUUCCUCGUGCACCACGGGCUGCAGCCGGCACCCGUUGGCGGCAAGAUGGCGCACGCCGCCCACGACGCGGACCCUUUGGAGACCACGGUCCGCUUGGCGGUCACGUACGGCCUGCAGCCCGUCGUGUCCUUCAGCUCGCACGGAGCCGCUGCUAGUGGCCGCUACCACCACCUUGACAUCAGCGACGAUUAUAACACGUGGCAGGUGACGCGGCAAAGUAUGAUCAAAAACAACGACCUAUCGAGCUUCGUCAGCGAACGAAUAUCCGUGCUGGUGCCGCCAUUGGAGAAGGACGCCGUGCUUGAGCUCAGCGCGGACGUCAUAUUCACGGAAAGUGAAGUCGCGGUGUUCCUCGCUCAAGUGAACAAGUCACUGGAAGAAAGCAAGCAGAUCAUCGCGUUCUGGACCACAAUAAAGGACAUGGGCAACUAUUCCAAGGACUCCGUGAGCUCAGAGCGGUGGCUGAGCGCAAUUCGCCGUGGGUCGCAGCCGUCGGCGGCGGCCGAGGACAGCGUCUACGCGCGCCCCCUGGCGCUGACGUUGCUCACGCGCCUGCUGAGCGUCAGCGGAGGCGUGGUGGCGAUGCGCCGGCUCCUCUGGUGGGGGUUGGUGCGCGAGCUGGCGCCGUACGCCAGCGGGCGCUACCUGCCCAGCGACUCGCAGGCGCUGGACCACUUCUGCGUGCGCCGGGUGGCCACCAAGCUGGAGCUCGCCAUCAGGGCCGUCCACCUGUUCAGAGCGGUCACGCCCAGCGUUCUGUCCGCGGCCGAGAACCUCACCGAGGACGUGCGUGCAGCCCUGAAGAGGGCGCUGCUCUCUUCUUCCUGGCUGCGCGGUACGACGCGCACCAAGGCGCUGAGCAAGGCGGCCGCCAUGGCCGUGACGCUGGGAUUCCCCGACCGCUUCUCGCGCGAGUCCCAGCUGGACCAGUACUUCGCCACGCUGGACGACGUUCGGCCCGACAAGUCACUGUCGUCGUGGCUGGCACUGCGCCACUUCCUGCAGGAACAGCAGCGCCGCGCUGGAGGCGACGACGCUGACGUGGCUGUGACGCACGCGCACAAGGUGAACGCGUACUAUCUCUCCGGUAACCGACUGCUGGUCCCCGCCGGCAUCAUCCAGGAGCCCGUGUACUUCCACGACGCUGCCGACGCCUACAACUACGGCGCGCUGGGACAGGCAGUCGGUCACGAGAUGAUGCACGCGUACGACACGAAUGGUCGCAAGUUUGACCACCACGGGCGGCCGUGGGCCUGGACGGUCACCUCGGCCCGCGAGUACCAGCAAAGGCUUCAAUGCAUUCGCCGCAGCCACGUCGAGGUGGAGCAGAAGAGGCUCGCCUUGGAGCUGGGUGUGGGCGAGGACCCGGAGAACCUGGCCGACUUUUCCGCUGCCUCGCUGGCGUACGACGCGUUCCGGUCCCUGCCCGACCACAGGCGCGCGCUCACGGUGCACGGCUUCGGCUCCGAGCAGCUCUUCUUCAUCGGCCACUGCGUCAAGUGGUGCCGCUCGCUGACCGUGCACCGGAGCCACGGAUACGCCAGAGGUCGCUCCCGCUGCAUCGUGCCCCUCAUGCACAUGCCCCAAUUCUCGGCGGCGUUCGGGUGCAGUGCCAACGCCUACAUGAACGCGCCGAGCAAAUGCUCUUUCUGGUAGAAAGAGAAAGGAGGGCGUUUGGCGUGCGCGAACUGUGUUGCUGUGGACGGAGCUGCACGAAUUGCGAUUUCACCGUAUCGUGACGAAGUUGAAUGUGCAGCGUUAAUUGCGUAAUGUGCAUAAGCGAAUGGCCGCUGAAAUAUUUGCUCCGUUGAUGUCGAAGUGUAUGCGCAAAGGAGCACAAUUAUGUGUCACUUAGCAGUUUAGAGAGCUUUAUGCCCACAAUUAUUGUACUACAGCCUUAAAGUUUUAUAAUUCUGUAUUGAUGAAUAAAUGACUUAGUGUCGUGAAAGA